AUGACGCAGAUGCGCCUGCAAACGGCCGCGGAUGCGGUCAGAUGCAAGACCUUCCCAGUGUUCCUGGAAGGAAAGGCCCGGCAGUGGUUCCAGGGACUUCCCCCCAGGUCGAUCGGGUCUUUUACCCAGCUCGCACGACUGUUCUCAGCACAGUUCGUUUCUUCGCGAGCCUUCUCUAAAAGCACUGCUCGCCUCAUGACUAUCCAGCAAAGGCCCGAGGAGUCACUACGCGAAUACAUGAAGUUAUACACUAAGCUCGUAGAGAGACCUCCCAAGUCAGUUCGGGAGAAGCUGGACCGAGCUCGCGAGAAGGUCAACGCUGAGGAAGCCAAUCGCUUGAAGAGCGCGCAGGAAAGGCAGAGGGACGACAAACGCAGGAGGAAUGCCGACCAGGGGGACGUGCGGCGUGACCAGGGGAGGAAAAAUACUUAUGACCGCCUGCCUAGGAGUCGGAGCCUGGGGGGAGAUAAGCCUUGGACCUCCCUCACAGCGCCCCGAGCUCGCGUCCUCGCAGUGAUGGAGCAAGAAGGGCUCUCCCGGCCUCCCCGACCUUUGCCGGGGGACAAAAGCAGACGGGACCAGGGCUUAUACUGUGCAUAUCACCGAGAUGUGGGACACGAUACGGAGGAUUGUCAUCACCUCAAGAAGGACAUUGAGAAGUUGAUCAAGCGAGGCCACCUCGGGCAGUUCAUACGUGACGAACGAGUUGAACAACGGCGGGCGAGGCCCAAAUUAGAUCAUCUGAGCUACCCCCGCAACCGACCUCAAGGGCCUCGUGGCCGAACUCCCGAGCAGAAAGCUCAGAAUCUGGCUGGGGUGAUCAAUACUAUUGCAGGAGGACCGGUUGGAGGGGAUAGUCAUACAGCUCGGCGGCAUAACCGCCCCCUCCCAGCGGAGAAAGCUCGAGCAAACGGCUGA